AUGCAAAAAUCUCAAGAAGACAACAUCUGGGAUCAUCUGCCCGAGCAAAAUAUUGCUCUGGGUGCCUGUGAGGAGUCGAGCACAGAAGGUUAUGAUAAAGAGGGUGAUCCACCCCAAGAGGACUUGUUCAAUGCUGCAAAUGCCGACGUCAACUUCCGUCAAUUGAGCUGGCAAGGCGCUGCUGUUCUCAUCGCCAAGCUUCAAAUUGGUCUCGGUGCCCUCAGCCUACCAUCAACAUUCCACUCAUUGGGAUUCUUCCCUGGGAUACUAUGUUUUCUUGUCCUUUCGCUCAUGACAACAAUCGCCGGUUAUGUGAGUGGUAAUGCCCGCCAAUAUUACCCUCAAAUGCAUAGUAUCGGGGAUGCCUCGGAGAUUAUUCUCGGCAAAAAAGGCCGGGAGAUCAUUGGUUGGAUAUACUAUAUUUAUCUUACUUUGGUUGCCGGCGCUGGCUUACUCACAACAUCUGUUGCCCUGAACGCCAUUUCCGACCACGGAACAUGUACAACAAUCUUCGUGGGGAUUACUGCGGCUGCCACAUUGUUCUUUGGAACUGUCUUCAGAUCGUUGGAUAAAGUCUCUUGGCUUGCUUGGGUGGGCGUGGCUAGCAUAUUUCUAGCAAUCUGGAUUACUGCCAUCGCAUGUUUGACUCAGCAUACACCAGCAGCCGCCAGAUCGUCUGGCGGCGGUCCGAUAAAUCUGAAUAUCCAUGCAUUUCCUUCUGCAGAUUUCUCAACAGCUAUGUCAGCGAUAUCCAGCCAGCUGUUUGCUGUAGGAGCUUCCGGUACCUUCUUCUCUAUCUCAGCCGAGAUGAAGCAGCCACACCUAUUCACGCGAUCACUUCUUCUGGGACAAUCCUUCAUUGUUCUUACUUGCAUUACAAUCGCCUCGAUCAUUUACGGGAAAGUUGGCCAGUAUCUCUCAAAUCCAGCACUAGGAUCAGCAGGACCCUUGAUUAAAAAGGUUGCCUACGGAAUCGCUCUCCCUGGUCUGUUCAUAACAGCAAUACUGUGGAGUCACGUUGCAGCAAAAUACUGGUUUGUAAGAACCCUACGUGGAACUCAUCAUCUACAGUCAAAUACAGCGAGACACUGGGUGACGUGGGUAGGAUCAAUGACGGUUACUGUGGUGAUCGGGUUUAUCAUCGUAGAAGUGAUAAAUUUCUUCAAUGAUUUUCUGAGCUUGGUGGGGGCUCUGAUAAAUCCCAUAUUCACUGCCAUCUUCCCGGGCAUUAUGAUACUGUUCUUUCUCGCCACAAAACCAUCGCUAUAUAAUCAAACAGGUCCGAAUGACGGGCGCACAUAUACUAUACGACAUUGGCUGCCCCUUGCAUUCAAGACAUUCAAAGAUGGUACCAGGGAGAAAGUUGCUGUUUUUAUUGCAUGUUUGAUGAUACUUGUUGGGGUCUUUAUCACCAUCGGUGGAACCUAUGCAACAAUUCUUAAUAUUAAGACCUCUUACAGCGAAGGUGUUUCAGCGGUCUUUUCAUGCGCGGACAAUUCUUAG